UUGUUGUUCAUUUGGCAUGGAUGUGCGGUUUGGCUUAAUUAAUCGCUGUGUUUAAAGCCUCCUAGGGUGAUGAUUGCGGUGUUAAAUGAUACUGCAACAGCUUAACAUCGAAUAUGGAAAUAUAGUACACCAGGCCUAUCUAUAUCGUACGCAAAUUGGUGUGUUCCAUGCAAGUGAUUGUGUAUAUGCUGUACAUUCUCCACUAUUCACUGAACUCUCUCGAUUCUUUAAGUUAAGAGUGGAUCCAGUGCUGUCAGUGCCAUGACAUCACGGUUUUCGGUCUCGUUGGGUAACCGAAUUGCCUGUUAUCAUUUUGAUUGAUUAAUUGUGCGUUCGUGGGCCUCAGCUAAUUAGCAGUUAAUGUGAAUUUGAGUCGCGCGCCUCAGUCAUGAAGAGUUCGCCGGCCAGUGUGUCACUUUUGUGGCUCGCUGCCACAGCUUUUUUCCUGGUGCCUGACAACUUGGCGCCUGUGGAGUCCCAUCAUAUUUUGGGUCUGUUCGUCAAUGUUCACCGGUCCCAGUUAAUGGUCCAUUUGGCAGUAUGUCGAGCUCUGUUACAGAGGGGUCACCACCUAACCUUGGUCACCACAUUGGCGCUGGAGGAGCAGGAGGUUCGGGAGAAUGUGUCACACAUUUUAAUUCCCUGGAAGCAGCCGGAAAAUGAGGAUCAUAGGGCGUCUUCCUCGGACCUAAUUCUGCGUCUGGAACGGAUGUUUAAGCGCCUGGAACAUUCUGGAGAUCUACUCACACUGCCAGAGUGGAAGAAAUUCCUCAAGAACGCUCCAAAAACACCUUAUGAUCUGCUUCUUCUGGGCUAUCACUUUAACGAUCAUCUGUUGGGGGUGGCUGCCCACUUCAACUGCCCCGCGGCCAUUAUCUCCACCCAACAGCCGACUGGAUUUGUGAACAGCCUCAUGGGCAAUCCCGAGGAGCGUUGGUAUGUCCCACAACCGUAUGACGGUCACCAGAGGAGUGGCCUCUCAGCCUGGCUCUUUGGAGUUUGGGAGAAGCUCAUGGAAAUCCUGGCAAGGAGAGUGCUUGCAAGGAUUUAUAGCUCGCACUUUCCCGAGCCCCAUUAUCCCAGCUUUGAAGCCAUGCGCCGAUCGGUUGUGUUGGCCCUAAGUAAUCAUCACAUGAUCAGCGAGGGACCCAUAGCUCCCCUACUGCCAAACAUGGUUGAUAUAGGAGGUAUUGUCCUGGAGCAGGAACCAAAUAAAGCCGCUCUGGAAUUUUCAACAAGCAAUCGAUCGAUCAUUAUCUUCAGUUUGGGUACUCGUUUUACUUGGCGGAAGUCCUCUCAGAAAUUGCUGCAGACUUUCACGAAAGCUUUUGCUCAGUUUCCGGACUAUAACAUUUACUGGACCUACGAUGGCCCAAAUCGCAGUGCCCUCAGCCUGGACUAUCCCCACUUAAAAGUGGCCAAAUGGUGGCCCCAAAGGCAGUUAUUGGCCAGUGGAAAAGCUCGAUUGUUCAUCACUCAUGGUGGAAAGGGCAGUCUUUCGGAGGCUCUUUACUACGGAGUGCCCAUGCUGGGACUACCUCUGAUUGGCGAUCAACGAGGGAACCUUCUGAAGAUGCAGGCUAAAAACUGGGGCCUGACCUUGUCAACCCACAAUCUCACUCAUUCCGAACUAUCCAAAGCAAUGAAUGGAAUACUUAGCUCUCCCAGUUAUGCUGAGUCUGUAUCCCAAGCCUCCCAAAUCUAUCGCGAUCGUCCCAUGAGGUCCAGCACGUUGUCCACCUAUUGGAUCGAGUACAUCAUUCGUCACAAGGGAGCCAACCAUUUAUACCAUCCCGCCAGGCAUCAAAACAUCGUCGAGUAUUACUCCAUCGACGUUCAUAUGAUCAUCUAUGGGACCUUAAUUCUAUCCAUAGCCACACUCAGAAAAAUAAAUCGCUUGUUGUGACUAGAA